UGGCUCCUUGCUAUUCUAUCUCCGCCAUAUCCCUCAGUCGAUCUUACUUGGCUUUUGGUAUCUCAGACACUGAAUGAAUGGGAGCAGUGGUUGUCUUGGUUGCCAUAAAAAACCAACGGUUAUUAGCACAGUUGAUAUGCCAUCGAAAGGGUUGGCAAUGCAAGGUAAGGCUUUGAAGAAAGCCAGUACAUCAGAGGAUUUCUGGACCACAAGCACACAUGACAUGGACAAUAGUGCUGUUCUGUCACAAGGAAGCAUCUCAUCAACCAGUGCGACAAACCAAGCGCUAGAUCCUCAUGGUGCUUCUAGCAAAAUCAGUAAUCCUGCUGAAUUUGUAAAUCACGGUCAUAUUCUCUGGACUCGGACUCGGCAACGUUGGGUAAGAAAUAAUAGAUCUCACAAUCAUAACCAAACCAAACGGCAACUGGAUCCUAAAUUAAGUUGGAAUGCAACGUAUGAAAGUUUACUUGGGAGCAACAAGCCAUUCUCUCAGCCAAUCCCUCUUUCUGAAAUGGUAGAUUUUCUGGUGGACGUCUGGGAACAGGAUGGCCUAUAUGACUGAGGCAUCAAAGAGUAGGGGAUUGUUGUUUCCUGUUUGGUUAGAGUAGCUAUAGUAAAUUUCACUUUCUUGCUUCUGUAGAAAGAGAAGUUUGGGCAACCUCCACAAAAUUAUAUUUAUACCUGAUUUAAUUGAUGACAGGAGGCAAGUUUUUCUUUCAUAUAUUUCUUCCAUUUUUCUCGAGGCUUGCCGAGUAGCUGACUAGCCGUAAUCCUGCACAAAACUGAAACCAUGAACAGGACAGCACUGCAUUAUCGUAGAAAUUAAUAGGAGGGAAGUUUGUCGAACUUAAAAUUAUCAUGUUCAACUGGAAAGUAUCUUAUAGAUCCCGUGCGCUAACAUACGAACUGGUAAGAAGUGAUUAUAUGAUAAUUAAGCAUGCUCUGUACCACUAAAUUAUGCGCAAUGAUUUUGUUCUUUACUUGAUAAA